CGAAGAAUAGCUGGGUGUAAACAACGAAAUUUUUGGGGUGUUUUCCCCCUGUAUAUUUGACAUUUGUCUGCAUUAUGUCGAUAGAGGAACUGGAUCAGGAACCAUUCAGUGUUCAUGAAUUCGUGGAGCGACUGGCAUGGAAGACGAUGGGGUCGAAGGCUCGAAGCAACCUGGAUGAAUUCAACCCCAUCGUCCUGCACUCGGCGUUUGAAUCCAUGAUACGAGACCUCAAGGACAAGAACGUCCAGGUGACGCGCGAUAUUGAGAAACUGGAAAACAACUGCAAGGAGGAAGAAAAACGACACUGGCAGAGAGUGGCAGAGCUUCAGAAGAAAAAUCAGGCCUUGUAUACACAUUUUCAAAAGUUGGAUGAAAGGAUCAGCUAUGUUGCCACAAAGGUUGUCCACCUUGGUGACCAGCUGGAAGGUGUGAACACGCCCCGAGCUCGUGCUGUUGAAGCCCAGAGGUUGAUGAGCUACCUUUCUGAGUUUCUCACUGACGAGCCACUGAAAUCUCCAGUCUUAACUGAUCCCUUUCAGCUUCAGCUGAUGGCAGAUAUUAUUCAAAAACUUCAUCUUAUUGCACUUGAGUUACCUCUUGGAGGAAAGUUUGACAAAGCAAGAAAGAGAAUAGCAGAGAAAUACGAUUCUGUGGAAAGAGAAUUGAUUGAAGAGUUCAAGAUAGCACACAAUGCUGGUGAUCGGAGAAAAAUGAAAAAGAUUGCAAGUGUGUUGCAGAAUUUUAAGGCUUACGGAGUAUGCAUUGAAACAUUCAUUACGGAAAGUCAAAAGAAUGUGUUCAAGAAAAAAAAUGUGUUUGAAGAUGUCGUUCCACUGUGUACAAACACCCAUGAGCUCAUUAAUGGUGUCUUCAACCAUCCUGAGAUGGUGAUGGGCAAAUUUGUACAAAAUAUAUUCCAGACCAAGCUACAGAGCUAUAUAUCUAGUCAGUUGGAUAACAAACCUAUUGAUGAAGAAUACUUGGAGAAACUUAAAGAACUUUACAAUCAAACUAAAGAUCUAACCAGCGAACUUUCUAAAUUCAAACUCGCCAAUGACAGUUCUUUCCUCAGUAAACUGACCAAAGGCAUUUUCCAAACUCAUCUUUCAACCUACAUUGAUAAUGAAAUCAAGUACCUGCGGCAGCGAUGCAGUGGGAUGCAACAGAGGUUUUAUGAAUCAAAGUUUCAUCAGAAGAAACAAAUCCAAUCCGGAGGUAUCCAUGACCUGAAACGAGACAUUCAGGCCAAGCUGGGAACAGUGACAAAAUCGAACAUUGGUGUGGAGAAUUACGGAGGUGAAACGUUUUUAUCAGAAGAGGUGUCGAUCAACAUCCUACAGGAAACAAGGAUGGCGUUCAAGAGGUGUCAAGUGUUAUCCAGUCAGUCGGACUUGGCGACAAAUGCUGUGAAGAUAUUUGAUGUGUUGGUGUACUUCCUUGUCACUGAACACAUUGACUAUGCUGUUGAAAUCGGACUGCAAUCAAUUCCACAGCCAGACCCUAAAACUGAACCUAAAAUCUACUUCUUUAAUGUAGUGAAUGCAGCCAAUACACUAUUUCAUCUGUUUGAGAAACAGUUCAUGGAUAGCCUUGUACCACUCAUCCUGUCAUCUCAGAAGCAUGCAAUAUGUUUGAAAGAAAAACGAGAACUGAGACAGAUUCUUGAAAAUAAGGUGGAUGUUGGAUUAGACAAAUCGCUUACAACAAUGGUUGGGUGGAUUCGGCAGAUAUUGACCACGGAACAGAAAAAAUCUGAUUUUAAGCCUGAGUCUGAUGAUGUCCCAUUGCUGUUUGCAACUCCGUCUUGUUUGAAAAUCGUGAAGUUUCUCUCGGCUCAAGCGAAGAUGAUCACCAACAGCCUGGAUGGAAAGAAUGUGGAAGUUGUUCUCACUGACCUGGGCCAGAGAUUCCACCGUGUGAUUUACGAACACCUGAUGCAGUUCCAGUACAACAUUAUGGGUACCAUGCUGCUGAUCAGUGACGUGAACGAAUACCGUAAGUGCAUCAAGGAGGAGUUUAAGAUUCCGCUUCUCAGUCAGCUGUUUGAGAAACUGCAUGCUCUCUGUAACCUGCUUGUCGUCGUCCCGGAGAACCUCAAGGUCAUCCGCGACAGUGAACAGUUGGCUGACAUGGAUGAAGCUGUUGUACAGAACUUCUUACAGCUUAGAUCGGACUAUAAAACAGCUAGAAUUGCUAACCGCAUGAAAUAAAAACUGUUUACACCAACUAUAUAGGAACGUGUUAAUAAAAGACUUUUAAAAUGCCAUGAAACGAUCCCAUUGGUGCAAAUUUACACUUGACUUUGAACAUUUGGAUGAAUAUUUAACUUGAUGAAAGGAAUUAUUGAGAUUAGUACUCUGAUUAUAUUGUGCACUUCACUGGAAAUGUUGGCUGAAUAGUUAACUUGAUAAAAUGAAGUGUUAGAUAUUGCACAGACCAUAUUGUGCACUUCACUAGAAAUGUUGGCUGAAUAGUUAACUUGAUAAAAUGAAGUGUUAGAUAUUGCACUGACCAUAUUGUGCACUUAACUGGAAAUGUUGGCUGAAUAGUUAACUUGAUAAAAUGAAGUGUUAGAUAUUGCACAGACCAUAUUGUGCACUUCACUGGAAAUGUUGGCUGAAUAGUUAACUUGAUAAAAUGAAGUGUUAGAUAUUGCACUGACCAUAUUGUGCACUUCACUUCACUUGAAACAUUUGACUUAAUAGUUAACAUGAUGAAAUGAAGUGUUAAGAUAUUGCAUUCACCAUAUUGUGCACUUCACUUGUAACUUUGACUGAAUAGUUAACUUGAUGAAAUGAGUUUUACGAUUAUUGCACAGACCAUAUUGUGCACUUCAUUUGAAAUAUUGGCUGAAUAGUUAACAUAAUGAAAUGAAGUGUUAAGAUAUCACACUGAUUAUAUUGUGCACUUCACUUGGAACAUUCGACUGCAUAGUUAACUUUAUAAAGUAUUACGUUUAUGAUAACGACCACAUUGUGCAACUAACUUGAAAUGUUUGACUGAAUAAUAUUUAACUUUAUGAAAUGAAGUGUUAAGAUUUUACACUUGUUAUAUUGUGCACUAAACUGGGAACAUUUGAAAGAAAACAGUUAACUUGCUGAAGUGUUAUGAUCAUUCCACUCGACUUCAAGAGACAUUAGUAUCUUUGUGAAAUUAAUCUGAGGGAUUCAAAGCACUGUAUUCCUACUUUUUGAAGAAACACGACAUCUAGUCUUUUUCAACACCGCCAUUUUAAUUUACUGUAUCCAUUUUGGAAUAAUAAAAACAACUUUCUUGUAUAA